AUGGAGAUUGACAGUCCAACAUCAAACUCCUCUGAUAGAUCAGAGCUGCUCCUCUAUGAACCCUGUCUCGUCUCCUCCAUUCUUGAUUCGCUACCGAACGCACCUGUCUCCAGUCACCCAGAUCCAGACCCCCCAGAGCUAACCGCGCACGUGCCAGGCGACAACGCGACCCAUAACAACCAUGGACCUUCUGCAUCGCAAAUUUCUCGAUUUGACCCUCGCGCGCUUCUAAAUCCGACAUCAUCAAAUCCCAAGCGCCCCGCCUCUUCUGGUAACGACGCUGACCGCGGACGCAUUGACCCCACAAUUGCUGGCCAGGUCUCACUUGUCGAGCGCCUGCACAACGUCCAAGAGCGCACAUCAUCACCUGCUAAACGCGUCAAGACCGAAGAUCCGCGAAGGCAGAAGAACGGCAGUCGAUCCAACUUCGCCGGUGGAAGCGCACUUGAGCUGCAGAAUCAGAACGGUCAACCACCUGCGCCGCUACCUCAGAAGGGACCGGCGAUCGAUCUGACCAUGAGCGACGACGAAGACGAGAUCCAAGUCAUCGGUGACAACAGCAAAGAGGAUGUCUGUAUUGGUAAACUCAAGCAGACCUACAUCCAGGCGCACAUGGUUCCCUUCCCUGAUCCCAAGAAGUUCGCCGGCAAUCAUGGCGGUCAAAGCAGGAUCAAGGUGUCUUUCCGCAGGGGUGGUGGCCACAAGGGGAAUCAAAUCAUCAUGGUACUCGAUGGUAUGGGCAAAGAGUUCGGCAGGGUCGACAUGAAGACGGCACAAGGUCUCACACCUUUAAUCGACAGUGCAAACACCAGUGGCCUCAAAUGGAUGUCAUGGACUGAGCCCCGGCGCAAAUUGCCCAAUGAAGGACCGCCUGGCAGUCAGAUUUCCGCCCUUGUCGGCAUGACUUUGCAGCUGUACUGUCCGCGUAGGACGGCGGAUAACAUUGGUCGGUUCCUUAAGAGCAAGAAUCUAAUCCUGGAAACCCCCGUCUUCGAACUAGCCCGUCACGACUACUACAAUCCACAAACCAAGGAGACAUUCCAAAAGAACCAGGUUGGACAGCCAGACUUCCAGCUACCCACUCAGUACGCUAUCGGUGCUCCGACAAAUACCUAUGUUCUUCGCAGCGUCGAUGAGAUCCGCGCCGAUGUUGAGGACGUCUUCGACACAGUCGUCAGCAGCUCGGAGGAAGUGCCUACCCGAGAGCCUUCAUCGCUCAUCACCACUGGACUCUACCCACAUCAGAAGCAGGCGCUGUACUUCAUGGUUGAUCACGAACAAGAACAUCCUCCCGAGAUAUACGACCAACGAAAAGACUCUUUGUGGGCCGCCAAGUAUCGCGACAAUGGUCGCAAAUACUACAUGCAUGUUAUCACGAGCGAACAGGUUGAAGAGAAACCGAGACCAAGCCUUGGCGGUAUAUUGGCUGACGAGAUGGGUUUGGGCAAAACGCUCAGUAUUCUUUCUCUCAUAUGCGAUGACGCGUCUAUCACUGCAGCCAAGGAAUUCUGCCGCAAGAGGCCAUCUCCGAAGCCCUACCCGGCGAUGUUGCAACCAGUUAUCAACAGUCGAGCCACACUCCUCGUUUGUCCUCUCAGUACAAUGACAAACUGGAAAGAGCAGAUUAAAGAGCACUUCCCACAGGGUAGAAGCACCUUGAAGUGGGCGCGAUACCACGGCGCAGAGCGUUUCACCAUGACACCCGAGAAACUUGCGGAUCACGACAUUGUCCUGACUACAUACCACAUAAUCGCGAAAGAUUUGGCAGAUAAGAAGAGAGCCCUCCCAUACAUCAAUUGGUUCCGAAUUGUCUUGGAUGAAGCGCACACCAUCCGCAACCCGACCAACCAGUCGAAAGCAGCAUGCAUGAUGAUGGGUCAGCGACGGUGGGCAGUAACCGGUACCCCUGUUCAGAAUCGACUUGAGGAUCUUGGUGCUUUGUUCAACUUCAUCAAGCUGAAGCCUUUCGACACCCCCAGCGGCUUUAAUCAGUUCAUCCUCGGUCCUUUCAAGAAUGCCGAUCCUAACGUUGUAACGAAACUCCAGCUGCUUGUUAGUACUGUCACAAUUCGCCGUACCAAGGAAAUUAUUAAGGAGGAGGUGCCCAAGAAGCUGGACUAUGUCGUCAAAUUGCAGUUCUCUAAGGAAGAGCGACAAUUGCAUGACUGGUUCGAGAAGGAUACGCAACGCAAGGUGGCUGCAGUCACGCAGGGUGACAAGAUGGGUGGGAGAUCGUACGCUCGUAUCUUGACCGCUAUUCUCAACCUCCGCCUGAUCUGCGCUCAUGGCCGCGACCUUCUCAGCGAAGAGGCGCUCAAAACCACUGACGGCAUGACGUAUGAGAAGCCUAUGGAGAUAGAUGAGGAAGAGAGCGAUAGGCCACAGCUUACGCGUCAACAAGCCUACGAGAUGCUCAAUCUCCUCGAAUCUACAAGUGCAGCUGAUUGCUUGUAUUGCGCCGACAAGAGAUCUUUACUGGACGCAGACUCGGACGAUGAAGACGAAGAUGGCAAUGUCCAGGACGUAAUUGGCUACAUGACCACCUGCUAUCAUCUGGUAUGCCCAAAGCAUAUCAAGAAGCUGAAGGAUCAGUGGAAAAACAAUCUUAUGGCUGACGGGUCUGUGCGAUGCCACGUUUGUGACGACGUCAACCGGCCAACGGCGCUCAAGCUUGAACGCGCAGACUACUACAACUACCUUGAAGAGCAGAAUCAGAUACGAAAGGACCCAAAGUUGGCGAAAAAGAUCGGCAGCUAUACUGGGCCGCAUACAAAGACCCAGGCGUUGCUCAACGACCUGCAAGAAUUCCGCCUCUGGAGUGAGCAGCAUCCUGAUGAGAGGCCGAUCAAGAGCAUCGUCUUCUCCUCCUGGACUACACAUCUUGAUCUCAUCGAGAUCGCGCUCAAGAAUGCCGGUCACUCGCUCGUCCGCCUCGACGGUCGCAUGACACGCGAGAAUCGCGACAAGUCUAUGCAGCAACUCCGCGAGAACCCGGCGAUCCGCGUCAUGCUCGUCUCAAUCGGUGCCGGUGGUCUCGGUCUCAACUUGACAACAGCCAACAAGGUCUUUAUGAUGGAGCCUCAGUUCAAUCCCGCAGCUGAAGCACAAGCCGUUGACCGAGUUCAUCGUCUGGGUCAGGACAGGGAGGUUACGAUCAAGCGCUUCAUUAUGGAAAACAGCUUCGAGGAGAAGAUGCUGGUGCUGCAGGGAAAGAAGAAGGCGCUGGCUGAUCUAACCAUGGCGAAGGAGCGCAAGAGCAAGGAGGAAGCUACCAAACAGAGGCUAGAGGAGCUGAGGAGUCUUUUCAGGUAG